AUGAAAAUCUUUUGCUUAGCUCAUGCUGCCACUCGUUCGUCCCAAUCUACUCCCACUGUCUUACAUGUCGUGAAUAGCAAAACACAUUUCUUCCAACGAGACGCUGUGACAGGCGAAUGGUGGAAUGAACUACAGUCAAAAGUUUUACGAGUGAGACGUUGUCGUCGUUGUUGGUGUCAGAAUGAUUAA